CGAAAUGAACUUUUGUAGAUAGUCUUUCAUUUCUUUCUACAGUCGGACAUGGGAAGGAAGGAUAGAUUAAUCAGUGAUGACGAGUUAAAAGGUAUUAGAAUAUGUUAUGUUUUCUGUUUAAUUUGGAUUGAAAUUAAAAUGGUUUUAUGUUAUUGUGUUGGGAUGGCUUAAUAAUUCUAUUUACGCUUUUGAUACAAGUUAUGGAGUCGACAGAUGGGUCAAGUUCACCCAAGAAAAAACACAAACACAAGCACAAGAAGCACAAGCGAAAACGAGAGACCACAGAGAGUGAGCAGAGCAUUGCUGACUCCCCUAAAAGAAAGAAACAUAAGAAAAGAGAAAAAGAAAAGGAGGAUGCUCAGGAAGGGAGAUCGUUAAAAUUAAAGAUUAAACUAGGUGGACAGACAUUAACCACCAAACAGGUUCCAUCAGUAAGUCCAGUGGUAACACCUACAGGUGAAAAAGAAAGUUAUGAAGGACAUGGUUUGACAGCAACAUGGGUAAAUGAACCAUGGAAAGAAGAUUUGGCUGGUAUUCAAGAUCAAGAGAAAUCUAAUGUUGAAGAACAAGAAGAAGAAGACAAAUGGCUUGAUGCACUUGAAGCUGGUGAACUGGAUGAUUUUGGUUGUUUAAAACAAGAGAAAGAUACAAGCACGAUGACUGCAAGACAGAGAGCAAUGUUAGGUCAUGAAAUUGAGGGUGAAAAUGAGCUUGUUGAAUUGCCCACAGCUCGGAAGAAGGAUGAAAAUUCUGAAGAAGCAGCAAAAAGACGCAAGCAAAGGGCCAGAAAAAGAAAACAACAAAUGGAAAAACAGAUCGAGGAAAAUAAAGUACAAACUAUUGAAAGACUUUUAAAAAAACAAGUGAAGUCAAGGAAGGAAGUUGAAAAACAAAAACGCAUCCAGAAAGCAGACAUACCCCGUGUAACAUAUAUUAAUAAUACAAAUGGCAUCUCGAUAUCUUUUCCUGUUAACAUGGAUGUACCUUUCAAGAAAAGAGAACAGAAAAGUUUAUUGUCAGCGCCAGUGAAGUGUGCUGUCAAAGGUUGUGCAAACAUCAAACGUUAUUCAUGUUCACAAACCAAACUACCACUGUGCAGUUUGGAAUGUUAUAAGAAAAUUGAAAGGUCGAACAUUCAUGCCAUUGGAGUUGCUUGAAUACACAAAAUUUAAUCCAUGUCCAAAAGGUGAUCCAUGGUCAGUCCAUUUACUCGUCCAUCUGACUGGUUUGCUUAAAAAUUCAGAAGACUUUAGUACAGAUCUUCUUCAUGCCAGAUGCUGCAGGGAAAAAAGUGAAAUGUUAUAUUGAGUUUCAUGAUCAUCAUGAAAAUUCUUGCUUUGUACAUACCAUUCUGUGUACCUUGUAUCAUUUUCGUGUGAUUCUAUGAUUUCUUUAACUUGAAUUGGUGGAUUCAAACCAUGAUAUUUGGCUCUUUUCCAUCUUUCCAAUCUUGUUAUUCCUUGCAAACAUGAGAUCAUACAUUGUAUGCACAUAAACUUGUACAGUAUGCCAUUGACUUUAGAGAGAUCCAUAGAGGAAAGUACAUUUAUGGUGAUAAGAACAAAAAUUUUGUCAGCCUGAUUGGAGUUUUGCUAUUGAUAAUAAUGUGCUGGUUUUACUAGCAAAUAGCGAUUGCAUAAAAUUGUCAAGAUUAAAGUUCAACUUUUGAACAUUUGUAAACUGAUUGCUGAUAUACUAAUUUUCAAUUGGCAAUUUUCUGCAAUUCAAUAUUUUUGAUCUGGUAAAUUUACUUGCUGAAACAACAAUCUUUAUUGAUAUUACAAUGUUGUUUCAUAAA